UUAGAUUCUCCUUUGUGGUUAUUUAUAACUCAAAAGUCCAAUCCAAGGGAAACUCACCCUAUAUAAAGACCUCAGUGUUAUACUACAUUUGAUCACAAAGAAACAGCCAAGGUUCGAGAGUGAAACCACUCUUUGAAGCUAUGGUAUCCUUUCACAAAGCGCUGGCCGAGAGUACAAGGCCUGAAAUCCAUGAAGAAUUUGAAGCAUCAUCAAAGAAGAGAAAGUGGGAAGAGCCAUUUGCUGAAGAUUUCUUCAAGGAUCAAACAACUCUAGAGAAAAGCAAAUCCGUCUUUGAUAUAGACCUUCACCCUGACACACCUUUUUCUUCGGAUAAAUGGCGUCAAUACCUCUCUAUUCAGUCAGGGCAGAUACAAUUGUGUAACCCAACAACAACAACAGAGGACCCCAAAAGAAACCCCGAGCCACCUAUUUCUAAUCACAUGAGUUUAGACCUUGAGCUGAAUUUGACAUGUGAAUCACUGAGGAAAAAAGAAGAGAAUUCUGGGGGUUUGAGUGAACGUGAUGAUCCGUUUAUUGAAUCAACCAAGUGUAAGAAAGUUUCAGAUGGUAUAAAUAUUCGUUCUCCCUCGUGGUUGUCAUCAUCCGAGGAUGAUUACAAAGAGAUGGUUGCAACAGUUUGCAUGAGAUGCCACAUGUUGGUAAUGCUAUGCAAGUCAUCUCCUUCAUGUCCCAACUGCAAAUUCAUGCACCCUCCAGAUCAGAACCCGUCAAAAUUCUUGAAGAGAAGGUGCAGUCUCCUCUGCUAGUUAUUUAUUAAGAACGUCCAUCGGAUACUAUAUAAAUUUUCACCUUUCACCAACUUACGUUUAUCUAGUUUUCCCUAUGAACAGCCUAAGUUCUUUAUAUAUAGCUCUCAACUUUCAAGUGUAUCUUAAAAAAAACAGCGGGGGUGAUAAUUAAUCUAGCUCUACGUAAUAUGGUACUUAAUUUGAUUGUUAGAUGCGAAUAAAUGAGUACCGUAGAGACCAACCUGGUAUCAUGAUCAUAUAUUAUAUAUUUAUAUGUACAUAGACAUAGUAUUCUCGAUCAUCAAAAUUCUAUCCUCCAUUUGCCAGAA